AUGACAGCCCCGCAGCUGGCCGAAGUGAUGCCCGACUGCUCGAUCUGCGCCGAGCCGCUCGAGUCCGCCCUCAUCGUCACGCGAUGCGGUCACGUCUUCCACGAGUCGUGCCUACUCGAGUGGUUCCAGCACAAGCCCGUCUGCCCGCUCUGCAAAACCGAGCGCUCGUCGGGGUUCGAGCGGCCGCUCCUCGCGGCGCCGGCCGCCUGCUCGGCGGAGGCGGCGGUGGCGAUUGAGGCGAGCAUCGAGCGCGGCGAUGAGCCGCCUUGCGUGCGGUCCGCAGCUGCCGCGGUCCGCCUCGCCGUGCGGCAGGAGUCGAAGGCGCACGCCGAGGCGGCGGCGGCGAGGAGCGCGGUGGAGCGGGAGCAGGCUGUGCUGGCCUCCCUGCGCGCCGAGCACCGGCGACUCGGCGGGAGGCUGCAGGCGAGGGCGGUCGAGGCGCUCAACAAAGAGAGGGAGGUAGCCGCACUGAGCGCGUCGGUCCAGCGAGGCUCGGUGGGCGCGGGCGCCGCUGCAGGCCGCAACAGCGCCGCGGCGAAGGUGGCGGGUGGUGAGGCGCCGGCAGUGACGCGGGAGCGGCUCGCUAGCCUGAGUCAGCAGGUCGGCUGGCGGUCGGGAGAGCUGAAGGACCUCCGGGCAAAGGUCGAGGCCGCGCGUGCGACGCUCGUGGCGGACAGAAGCGUGCCCAUCAGCCUCCCCACUGUGCAUCAGUGA